GUCUGCGGCUCUAAAGUGAUUACUAGCGUCGCCUUUUAAGGUCAAGAGUGAACCAGUCAAACGGCAUUCGCUAUUCAAGAGUGUUGGAUGAAUGAUGGAUUUCACCCACAAGCGUGUUCAACAAAUACUAACCGCGAUUUUAAGAGUCGACGAAGAUGAAAUUGAGUUAAACGAGGAAAAUACACUUGACGAAGACUAGUGCCAUGUAUUAAUAUGAUGAAACUAAUAACGAUGUGACUUUCGUUUCACCGUGGAUUUCUCGCUCUUUGCUCAUACAAAAUUAGUUAAUCGAAAGAUUUAAUAUAAUAGAAGAUUAAUUGCUAUUUAACGUAUUUUUCGCGUAAAAUUUUCAAUAAGUAUAAAAUAAUGAAUAUCUACAAGAGAUCAUAUUCAAGUUACGAUCUUAACGUUUCGAAAUUAAAUAUCAUCGAAAACUUAUUGAAUGAAAAUACUCCAAAAUUAAAAUCUUCUAAAACCACUAUUUUUAGAAAGGAAGAUGAUUCAAAAUCAUCGACCGGUGUCUUCAACAGCAAGCAUAACGCGAUCGAUGAUUACGUCAAUUUCUAUCCAAAUGUCGAUACAUCGGUGUGGAUGCGUUCGUGCGAGCACGAAGUAAUAGAACCGAUUACUGGAAAAAUUUCCGGAAGUGUUCCUGAUUGGUUAAAAGGCUCUCUUUUGCGAAAUGGACCUGGAAGUCUUAAAGUCGGCGAGUACAGAUUUGAUCAUCUGUUUGAUAGUUCUGCUCUUCUUCACAGGUUCGAGAUAAAUAAUGGCAGUGUAACGUAUCAGAGACGUUUCAUUCAAACGGAUGUCUACAAGAAAAAUCAUGCCGCAAAAAGAAUUGUCAUCACGGAGUUUGGUACUAAAGCUGUGCCGGAUCCUUGCCAAAGUAUAUUUGAAAGAGUAUCCGCAGCGUUUAAUCCAGCCGAAAAUAUGUCAGACAAUUCGAUGAUAUCAGUUUACCCAUUUGGCGAUGAGUAUUAUACAUUUACUGAAUCGCCUGUUAUACAUCGUAUUGAUCCAAAAUCUUUGGAAACCUUACGCAAGGUUAAUGUAGCAAAUUUUGUUAACAUCGUAAGUCAUACAUCGCACCCGCAUGUGAUGAGUGACGGUACUGUUUAUAACUUAGGAAUGAGUAUAACAAAGAGAGGACCAGCUUACAACAUUAUUAAAUUUACCCCAAAUAUUUUUACAGAUGACAAUAGAGCAAAAAAACGAAAACUGACGAUGUUCGAACAAGCAGAAAUCGUUUCAACCAUUCCUUCAAGAUGGAUAUUCAAUCCAUCCUACAUGCAUACUUUUGGAAUAACCCAAAAUUAUUUUAUUAUUGUUGAACAGCCAUUAGCCAUAGCACUGAUGUCCAUGGUAGCAUGUCAAAUAAAAAAUGAACCUAUGUGCACCUGCUUAAAGUGGCACGAAAAUGAAAAUACUCGUAUUCAUCUGAUUUCUCGUGAUUCUGGAAAAGUUGAGAAAACCUUCAUUGCCGAGGCCUUUUUUUAUCUCCACAUGAUUAACCAAUAUGAGACUCGCGAUGGUAAUUAUGUUGUUUUGGACUUGUGCUGCUACCGCGAUGCUAAAAUGUUAGACUGUAUGUACGUCGAUGCUAUGCAGAGCAUGCAUAAAAAUCCAGAUUAUUCAAAACUCUUUCGUGGAAGACCACUUCGAUUCAUUUUGCCUCUAAACGAGCCUGCGCAAAAUACUUCUCCUGAUGUUAAUCUAGUCAAAAUUAAUAAUGCGUACCAAAGACCCGAUACUUUCAACGACAGAUUAGAUGACAAAAAAUUAAUGAACAAAAGAAGAGAAUUGGAUGAAAAUAAUAAUAGUACUCACGACAGCAAUAAGUACGAAAAUUUGCAUCAAAGAAAAGCAGCUGCAUUCCGUUUACCAAAUGGCAAUAUUUUUGUUAAACCAGAGUUGCUUUGCGAUCUAGGGUGUGAAACACCUCGUAUAAACAACGAUUCAAAUCUUGGCAACGAGUAUAGAUAUUUUUAUGCCAUAUCAAGUGAUGUCGAUAUUGAAAAUCCGGGAUCAGUGAUAAAGGUAGACACCAAACACAAAACAAAAAAAAUUUGGUGCGAAAAAGGAGUCUAUCCUAGUGAGCCAAUUUUUGUACCUGAUCCAAGUGGAAAGAACGAGGAUGACGGUGUUGUUCUUAGCGCACUUGUCUGGGGUCAAGAGCGCGAAACAGAAGUCGGACUUUUAGUUUUAAAUGCAGCUACCUUCGAGGAGAUCGCUCGCGUCACCUUUGAUACUCCUGGUCCGGUGCCAAAAUGUCUGCACGGCUGGUUUAGCAAUGUCAUUUCAUAAAUCAAUGUUGAUUUUAAAAACUACGAACAUUAUAUUUUUCUACAGUGAACUCAUUCGAUUAAUAGAUGUUUUAUCCAGCUAUUUUUGGAAUUUUUAUCAAUUAAUUUAGUAAUGAUGAUUAUAAAUAAUAAUCGAUAUAGUAGGGUUUUCUAUGAGUUUUUUUAAAUUUUAUAUGUUCUUUUGUUCACACACUUGAAUAUAAAACACAUAAUAUUUAUAUUUUUGUAACUAAUAACAUUUAAUAACUUUAAUGAUGUUUAUUAUAAAUAAAAAUAAUAUAUGAGUAUUAAUUAAAACAUUGGCUUCUAUUGUUAAAGAAUUAUAGGUAUGUCAAUGAUAGAACAAAUAAAAUUAAUCAAUAAACCGAAAUAUUAUAUCUUACGCGUGCAAGUCACGAUAGUUUAUGAAUGUGCAAUCAACAGAUUUUGUAUUUUACAUAACACAAUAACUUAUUUUUAUAUAAUAGAUUUUAUUUCCAAAGAAAUAUAAUAAAUUACUGGUUUUCAUUCUUCUUACAAUACAGAUUAUUUACAAGUAAUAAUAAGAAAAAGCAUCGCAUUUGCUUGAUUCUUAAACAUUAUUUCAUAACUCACGAAGAUAUUUACAAAUCUACUGAACUCAUUCUUCAUUUUUUGUGUGGAAUGUAAGACGCGCGCGCACACGCAUACAAAAUAAAUCCAAUUUAAUGUGCUAUAACUACAUAAUGGUCAUAUUGAUACGUAAAUCAGCGUCACACAUUUUCUUUAAAAGAGUUGGAAUAAACAUUUUUGUAUAAGAGCAUCUCAUGUUUUGUAUAAGAGUUUAUGUUAUAGAGUUUACUCAUACAAAAACGGUGAUUAAGGAAUUACGUCUUAUAUCGUAUAGGAAACUCAUUCAUAUUAAAGCAAUAUUUAUAUCCCCAAUAUAUGUACAUAUAUAAUGGUAGAACUUACAACUUCUAUUUUUUUUUUUUUUUUUUUUUUUGUUCAAUCACAUCAAAGCUUUAUGGUAAUGCAUUUGAUGCAUAGAAAUGAUGAUUCAGAGUGUUUGAAGAAUACAAAACAUCACAUAUCAUACCGUCUUAUAUGUUUCAAGAACAAUAUUAUAGCAUAUUCUUUGAUUGAUUUACAAACUUUCUUGAUUCUUAAAAUUAAUGGAUUCAUACUCAAUGUUGUGCGAUGUAUUUAAAUCUAAUUUCAAAAAAAAUGUUAUUUUGUUUUAAAUAUCUUGUAUCUGCAUUUUAAUGUAGGAUGAUAAAGACAGUAACAACUUUAUAUGAGAUCGAUGCGAGCAUUGAGAGAAUUCUUUAAUUUAAACUAAUUUUACAGAACAUUAGCAAUAUGUUUGAUUGGAGUGAGAAUCCAUAAUAAAUUUAUUCAUAGUGAUUGAA